CGACAAACAACAGGAGCGGCCAUGCACACCAUGAUGACCACACAACCGCAGCCAUCACGAGGGCUCACCUUGGCCUACUUCCACCGCUUCGUCAACGACCACGGCGGCCGACAGGCAUUUGAUGGCCUCACUACUUUGGACGUGUGCAUGCGCUUUGUCAAGCCAGCUACGCAACACGCCAACGUGUCGUUGGUGGACCUUGUCCUGAGCCAGCCAGAGGGACACCAGUUCGCCAAGCCAGCAGAGUGGCUGAUCAGCCAUUCGUGGUCGUACAAGUUUCUUGAUGUUGUGGAAGCUAUCGACAACUUUUGCCUCGAGCACGACCUCAGCCACGACACGUCGUUCUGGUUUUGCAUGUUUGCCAACAACCAACACGCCAUCGGCGAUUCCCGCGGCAUGUUCAAGCAGUGGCUGGAAGCGUUUCGCACGGCGUUGGUAGACACGGGCAAGCUCGUGAUGGUGUUGAGUCCGUGGCACCACCCUGAGACCCUCCAGAGGUCGUGGUGUGUCUACGAAGUGUACUUGUCCAUUGUGCUCCAUGCGCGCUUCGAGGUGGCUCUGAGCAAGAGUCAAAUGGACGACUUUCUCGUCGACGUCCAGACGACACAUAGUAUCGAUCAGAUGAAGGCGCAGAUCAAUAGCAAGCACUCGAUCGCGACAGUCGCCACCGAUCGCGACCACAUCUUCGACCUCAUCAGCGAGCAAGUUGGAUUCGUUCAACUCGAUCGCAUGGUAUUUGACGUGCUUCAAACGUGGGUGUUCCGCACGUUGGACAAGCAAGUCGCGAUGGCGCAUUCCCCACAGGCGCGGUUCACGUGGAUUUUCACUAGAAGUGUAUUGCUACUCAACGACCUGCAAUACGAGAAAGCGGAGGCCGGGUUUGAGGCUGCAGUGGCCAUAUUCGAGCAAGAGCUGGACGAGUCAUAUGCACCCGGGUGGGAAGCCAAGUUGUACAUUGGCACGACCAAAGUACGCCAGUUUUGCGCGCGUGAAGUCUGGGAGCCCAUCUUUGACAGCGCGUUUCCCAAGCUGGAGCAGUUGCUUGGCGCAACUAACUCCACCACGCUGUACAUGAAAAGACGCAUUGCGGGCGCAUAUUACAUGUCCAACGACUGCACUCGGUGCCUCGCGAUGAUGCGGGAGAUGCUUGACGUCAAACUGCAGCUGCCGGAAGACAAGGAAUUGUUCAGCGUGAUGUUUGCCUACGGAACAACGCUUUUGCAACUGAACAAAAGGAAACAAGCGGAAGCGUGGUUGGUCAAGGCACACGCGGGAUUGUGCCGUCACCUUGGAGCAACCCAUCGAGAUACGCUGCUUUGUCUAGGAAACUUGGCCGUGGCGUACGUUGAAACGGGUCGGUACAGCGAAGCCCUUCCGUUGUUGGCGGAAAUCUACGAAGAAUCCGCGCGCAUGUAUGGCGCCACGCAUGAAGAAUCGAUCAAGCAAUUGAUGAGUUAUGCUGGCGUCCUCGUGUACUUGGGCCGAUGUGACGACGCAGCUGUGCACCUCCACGCGUGCAUCAAUGGCUUCGAGCGGAUGAGUACUCCUAUGUGGGACCUGCGCAGCAAACAUCUCCUGGGACGAAUGUACUUGACGAAAGGUGACCUCAAUCAAGCCGCGGCGUCGCUGGGAUCCGUGUAUACAAAUAUGUUCAAGUCGUUUGGUCCCCAGUACGACACGUGCCGGUUGGCAUUGUACGAGUGGCACUUUGCGACCAUGGAGCUCGAACGAGGCUACGACUGUUUGGCCAAGGUCGAUGACUUCAUGCUCAAGUUCCACGCUACAGACGGCGCGGGUGAAACGUGGGCCUACGGAGUGUGCCACAUGUGCUGCGAGCCAUUUCAAGGAGAUAUCGCGUUUUGCACCACAUGUACCCCUUACUCGACCAAGUUUUGCUCCGCGUGUGUGGCUUCGGAGAGUUUUGAGGCAGUGUGUGGACACCAUCGUGGCCCGUGGAAGGUGGUGAAACCACCGAUGCGGUACCUCCUGGAACGAAAGCUUAUCCUCUUGGCGAACGCUAGCCGAUGGGACGACUACGCCUCGAUUGCCGAUCAAUACCGUGCGUAUUGCCACCAAUUUCAAGUGCAAGAUCCGAUGCAGGUGCUCCAAGCGCGAGACGAGACGACACGGCAUCGGACACGAUCGUGGGCUGUGCUUGGCGCGUUACUCGUGAUCGUUGUCCUAACUCGUCGCAAGUGCUAGUGAAAGCGUGCAUGUGAUGGGCUGCAUUCUCUCUCAUGACGACGCCACCAUGACUCAAAAACGGGAUUUCUCUCGAUCGUCCAAGUUGAACGUUCGGGAGGACUUUUUAUUCCAAAUCGUCCAUCGCGGCAAAAUUGGCGAAGCGUCUCUUGAGGAGGACGACACGACAUAGCUAGCAUGAUGGACCGGGUGUACAUGAGUUUAGCUCGAAAGUCGCUGGGUCAUACCGCUCGGUGGCUGUCGCGCUCCCCGUGGCGUCGUGGACGGCGGGUGCGAUCGGUGAAUACACGGGGCCGCUGACUUUCUCCUCCCGAACGACCAACUUGAACGAUCGUGAGAAUAUUUUUCCACUCAAAAAUAUACCCCCACUUAAAAAUGUGUUAACAAUUUGCUCAUUGGCGG